AUGGUCGCCAACAAGACUCUCGUCUACAAGCAAGUCCCCAAGGGCCUGCCCGUCCCCGGCCAGGACCUCGUCGUCGAGACGCGCGAAAUCGACCUCGAGAGCCCCCCCAAGGGCGGCCUCAUCGUCGAGGUGCUCUACGCCUCGUUCGAUCCCUACCUGCGCCCCAAGAUGCGCGACCCCAGCAUCAAGUCGUACACGCCGGCCUUUGCGCCCAACGACCCCAUUGUCAACGACACGGUGGGCAAGGUGAUCAAGAGCGACAGCCCCGACUUCAAGCCGGGCGACGUCGUCAAGGCCUACGCCCCUCUGGCCGAGUACGCCGCCAUCGCAGACGUCAAGGGCCAGCGCGUCCUCAAGGUCCACAACCCCUACAACCUGGACCUGUCCGUCUUCACCGGCGCCCUGGGCAUGCCCGGCCUCACGGCCUGGUCGAGCCUGCACAAGAUUGGAAAGCCCAAGAGGGGCGAGACCAUCUUCGUCUCGUCGGCCGCCGGCGCCGUCGGCCAGCUGGUCGGCCAGAUCGCCAAGAAGGAGGGCCUGACCGUCAUUGGGUCCGUCGGCUCCGACGAGAAGCUCGACUUCAUCACCGGGGAGCUCGGCUUCGACGCCGGCUUCAACUACAAAAAGGAGAAGCCGGGCGAUGCGCUGAAGCGCCUGGCCCCCAACGGCAUCGACAUUUACUACGAGAAUGUCGGCGGGGAGCACCUCGAGGCGGCGCUCAAUCACCUCAAUGACUUUGGACGCAUCGUCGCGUGCGGAAUGAUCAGCCAGUACAACAACGCCGGCGAGGCGCACGGCAUCCGCAACCUGAUGCUGGUCGUGGCCAAGCAAAUCACCAUGCAGGGCUUCAUUGUCUCCAACCCCGAGUUCGGCCCGGCCUACUACCAGGAGCAUCAGGAGAAGCUGCAGCAGUGGCUUGCCGACGGCAGCUUCAAGGCCAAGAUGUCGUAUACCGAGGGCAUCGACCGCGCUGCCGAGGGGCUGGUGGGCAUCUUUGAGGGCAAGAACUUUGGCAAGGCUGUUUUGCGCAUCAAGGCAUGA